AUGUCAGCCAAUAAUCAAUCAAUACUACGUAAUGGUACCCAAAAACUUCCAGAUGAUAUUGCAGAUAUCAUAAAUGAUACCCAGUUUUGGAUAAUAUUAUCUAAUCUACAAGAACUUUUAUAUCCUCUUUGUGAUUUUGAGUUUGGAUCAAAAAUGGUGACGCGCAUUGGAUUACGUUGGAAUAAAUGGGAACAACUAUUAAGGCUUCUUUCUUUCGCACUAUAUCCUCGAUACAAAUUCAAUACUGAAUUAAUACAGUACAAGCGAGGAAUUAAUCCAUAUGAUACUGAAUUAUUUAUGCAUUUUAAUGGAAAUUUAGUGGAUUUUUGGGAGUCAACUGAAGGAGUCGGUCCAGAAUUGGCACGAGUGGCAAUCCAUGAUGAAACUGUGGAACAUGAACCAACUACCAUUGGAUUCGAUUACCAAACAAAUCAAAAUUCCGAAGAAAAUGAAGAUUUGGUUACGGGUGAAGAACAAAGUGAUUGGGAUACAGAUUUUAGUUUAGGGGGACGAGAAAAACAUCCUGCUGAUGACGAAACAGCCAAAUGGUCUUUAGAUUCACUUUUCAUUUCUUCUUUGGAAAUGCUUGUAUAUUUUGAUUCAGAGUUUACUGUAACAGGAUUACGUUGA